AUGGGGCCCCCGCAUGCAGCCGGCAGAGUCAUUGUCUCUCAUCUGUCUCCUCCUGGAGACAGGAGUGGCCCUAGGGACAGCUGGGCCCCCAACCAACAGCAGCGGCAACAGCAGCAGCAACAGAAGCUGCAGGACAUCCAAUGCACCGUCAUAGAGGCGACGGAGGAGACACAGGAGGCAGGCUCAGAGGAGGAAACAACAGCAGCAGAAGCAGCAGCAGCAGCAACAGCAGCAGCAGCAAAUGCUGGUUCAAAGAAGAAAGCGAAGGGCAAACGCGCCUCACCAGAUCCCCCCACAGGCGGAGACACCUCAGCAGCAGCAGCAGCAGCAGAAGCAGACGCCCCGCCUCACAUCCAAUGCACCGUCAUAGAGGCGACGGAGGAGACGAGCCUGGCUUCAUAUACCCCUGUGUUUGCUACAGCUCUGAGGGUUUGCUCUCCCCUGUCUCUUCUCUGUCUUAGACUAGAGACAGAAAGAGUGUCUCUUCUCUCUCACCUGCAGCAGACACUGCCUCGCUGCCGUGUCUUCUUGGUUGUGGGGGGGGGAGGAAUGAUAGAUGUGCUGCUGCAGCACCCAACAGAGGAGACUAACAAAACAAAAAAGGAGACAGAAAAAAAGGAGACAGAAAAAGAGGAGACACACAACCAGCUGCUGAAGCACAAGAGACUGAGGGCUCUCCAUGUGCAGGGCACGUGCGACCUGAGGCCCGAUGCUGCUGCCUGCCCUUCGCUGUUUGGUACAUUUUGUCGCCUUAGAGCGGCAGAAGACGGCGCCGCUCCGCGCCUCUUCAACGCAAACUUCGGGGCCGGGGAUCUGUUCGCUGGGGGCCGCGGGGUCUGCGAGUUUUGGGGCUUUGCCCUCGACAAGAAGGGCGCAUGCAUUGCCCCGCCAGAGUGA